AUGGAGGCCCUAGUCAAGCGCGCACUGCGCUCACGGCUAGAGGCAUACAUUGUUGACUACUCCUCCGACCGCAUGGUCAACUGGGAGAUCCGUGACGUCCAGCUCAAGCCUGAUGCUGUUGCUGCCCUCCUCAACCUACCUCCGCAGCUAGCCAUUGCCAAUGCUGCUUCAUCGGCCAUCAAAGUCAUCGUGCCGUGGAAGCGUCUCAAGACUGACCCAGUCGUCUUUGACCUCGGCCACGUCCGCAUCGAUCUGCGCGAAGCUGCUGUGCCGAUACUGCCAUCGAGUAGCACAGGCGAGGACGUCCGCGAUGAUGACAAGACAAAGAAGAAGAAGAAGAAGAAGAAAAAGGAAAGAGAGAAAGAUAAGAGCAAGGGCAAGGGUAAGCGCGGCUUUAUCAACAAGGUCAUUGACGGCAUCUCCUUCCGCCUUGCCACAGGCCUCAUCACGCUCGCCACCAGCGGCGCUCCCAACAUGUUUGCUCUCUCGCUGGAAGACGUAGUGCUUGCGUCGACGAACCCAGACUUUGAAGUCGUGGAUCUCCGCGAGUCGCGCAAGGUGAACAAGAACUCGUCGGUCGUGCUCUUGUACAAGGCCCUCAACGCCGCUGCCGUCACCCUCGAUCUGGUCCCCACCUGCGUGCCGAAAGCAGAGCUUGCUCCCCCAAUUGUCCGCCUCCUCGACAACAUCCCGCUCGCCAUCCACUUUACCGGCAAGUUUGCCGAUGCCCGUGACAAUCUCCCAGUCAAGGCGCAUCUCGCCUUUCUCAUCGACUCCCGCCGCGUCGUCGUUGCCGUCAACCAGAGCCAUCUCCUGGACAUCGCCCACACUGUUGUUGGCAUCCAAGAUGCGCUCGCUGCCGCUCCUACGCUGCCUCCCGCCAAGACUCCCGAGUCGGAGCGAGCUCCCGCCCAGGCGCCGCCUGCCAUCCCACCGCGAUCCCGCCCGCCCCGCAGCCUCCCGCCACCGCCGGCGUCCGCAUUUUCCACAUCUCCCGAGGUCGAGGAAGCAGGCAAGGGCAAGGGCAAGGGCAAGGGAUGGGGCUCGCGCCUUCGCCGGAUUGUCAACCGCAAAAAGGCUCACGGCCCAGCGUCACUCACCGAGCCGGCUUCCGAUUCAACGUCGGCACCAGCGUUCGACCCACUCACCCAAGAGGCGCUUGCCCAGCUCACUGCGCCGUCAGAGCCUCGCGAGAUCGACGAUGUCUCGUCGAUUGCCUCGGACUCAUCGGGCUCCUCAAUGGCCUCGCUUGCGUCCAUGACCUCGCAGUCGGCCGCUGCAACGCCGUCAGCUGCCGAGCUCUCGCUCACCGGCGACGCAGACCUGGAGAUCGAGUUUACUCCUGCCGAAGACAUUCAGCACAACCUCAUCUCGCUUCAAGUCGACUCGCUGGUGGUCCAGCUGCUCGAGCCAGAGUCGCCGGCAGCCGCGUUUUUCGAGGCCGUCUUUGUCAAUCCCACCAUCUCGUUCAUCCCCAAUCUCCCGCUCCCAUCCGAGCUUCUCAGCCGGCUCGCCCUCGAUCCCGAGUCAGUGGCGGCGGCGGCCGACGGCAUGCAAAAUCUCAAGUUUACUCAGUCUGAGCUGCAGGUCUCGAUGCAGUCGCUUGUCUGCCGCGAGCUCAAUGCGCCUCCGACCAAGCAUCCCAGCUACACCACCGCCCUCUCGCCCACAAGCCAGGUUGCCUCGUCGGCGUCGGCGGCUGAACUCGCCGCACAACACCCGGGCACCCGCGGAGGGCCGCCGUUGCUCAAGCUCAAGUACGUCAUCCGCCACAUCCCGCGCCAUCUCAAACUCGACACUCGCGCCGAGUCGGAUGUCGUCUUUGGCCGCGAGCUCACUGGGCGCAUCCUCGCCUUUGAUGCCGUCUACGACCGCGAGCUCCUGCGUCGAGUCGCAAGCACGGUAACUCCGGCGUCGCAGGUCCUCUCUGCCCUUGUCCCUGCCGAGCGCCUUGCCCAGCGCGUCGACUCGCUCGUCGAGUCGGUUCUCUACGACGACAUGCUCUGCACCUUUGAGCUCCGCUCGCCGUCGAUCGCCCUCCCGCCGUACAACGGUUACGUCGGCCCGAUGGUGCUCUCGGCUCAGGCCUGGCGACUCUCUGCCGACAACAUUGUCCUGGCUACUGUCGCGCCAUCAGUGCCGCCACCUUCGGUGUUUGGCUCGAACCCACUGUUUGUCGCGCCCGCGGGUGUCUUUCCGGUCGCAGACACCGACAUCACCUCGACCUUUGCCCUCGCACAUGCCCUCGACACCCUCCCGCCGCAGCACGUCCAGCGAUUCCAGCUUCAGUGCAAAAACGUCGCUCUCGCCGUCACCGAUGUCCGCCACCCUAGCGCCGUCGAGCCGUGGCUUGCCCUCCCGCCGCUCAACGUCGUUGUCGACCUCGCCUUCCACGAGUGGUUCGUUGGCGACGAUGAGAGCCGCACCGACCUGCCGCAGCUGGAGCUGUGGCUCUCGCUCUCGGAUGUGGCACUGAGCCUCACCCAGCAUCACUACGCCUACCUACAGUCGGUCAUGGAGCAACGCAUUCUGUUUCACACCCGCGUCGAGUCGUCUGCCUUUGCCGGGCGCCUCCGCUAUCUGUGGCGGACCUUUGCUGAGGCGCCGCCGCAGUCCGACUCCACCACUCAUACUCUCCUGCUCGACACCCUUGAUCUUGACGAGGACAUCUUCACCGACAUUCCGAUGGUCUCCCUCCUCUCGACUCACUGCGAGUCGGCGGCGAUCUCGCUCCUCCAUGACGAGCCCGGCAUGCCGCCAGUCACCCUCGCGGUCUUUUCGGCUGCAGGCUGCCAGGUCGUCGCCGAAACGCACAUCGCCAUGCUGGUCCUCAAGGCUCAGGUUGAGACCUUUGACGUCCACUCACCUAAGCACUCGGCCUCACCGUUUGCCUCUCUAGUCACGCCGAUGGCAUCGGCGGCGCCGGUCUUCGGCCUGCCUGCACACGUCAGCACCUCCAGCGGAAGACAGCAGGCCAACUUGGUGGUCAGACUCGAGCACCUGCGAGUCAACAUGCCGCCGGCGCUCCAGCUCGGGCCAGAGUCGUUCUGCACCCAGUUCUCCGACAUCAUGGCCAUCCCACCAGCGUCGCCACUCGGCGCACAAGCCUUUGACUGGCUCUCGCCGGCCUACUCUAAGAUUGCCUUUGACGCGGCCUGGGUCAGGCUCGACGGCGUCCGCGUCUGUCUACUCCUACCAGCCAUGGCAGACAUUGUCGCCUUUGCCAAUGGCUCGCUCUCCGGCUCAUCGGCAUCCGCCGCUGCCCAGGAGCAGGCUGCGUCGGUGGUAGACGCGCUUGCCGACCUCAUUCUCGCCCGUGACGCCCGACUUGACGUCCGCCAGUUUGUCUCGGGCGCCAACUACGACGUGCGGCUCACUUCGUGCGAGCUGCUCGUUGUAGAGACUCCCGAGACCGUCGAGUGUGUUCCUGUAGUUGUUGAGCAAGUUGAUGUCAGCCGCCGCGGGCUGGACCUCAACCGCGAGCUGGUCUCAACCGCCUGGCGCGGUGCGGCCAUCUCGGCUUUUGUCUACGAGCAUGGCGUGCUGCACCGCUCGCCGCUAGCGGCCCCGACCGACGCUGCUGUCGCCUCGCUCCGCUGGCUUGAUCCUGCGCUCGAAGCCUGGGUCUCGCAGUGGUCCGUCGUCAUGCCCGAGGUCCAGCUCUCGCUCUCGCGUGAGCAGCUGCGUGUCUCCAACCGGCGGACCUUUGGCGACGUCGCGCGCGCUGCCCGCCCGCUCCCGCCGCUGCCGCAGCAGGCAUCGUCGACCUCUCCGCCGCGCCAUGUCGGCAACACCCGAAGCGUACACUUGACGCUUGGGGCGCUGGCGCUCACCCUCGCCGAUCCGGCCGCAGGCCUCCAUGCCCCGCCGCUCACCACGUUUUUGGUCGAGAAUCUCCGCCUUGCUCUGGCCGACUCGGUCAGCUCGGUCGACGGGAGCCUCAAGCCGGGGUGGGACUACCAGAUGGUGGCAAGUGAGCUUGUCGUCCGUGAUGGGACCGGCACAACCGUGCUCAUGCCCAAGGAUCUCGCACAGGGCUUUGCAGCCUCGCGCAUGCCGGCCGGGCGGGAGUCUGACCGGCAGACGCCGCGCAGUGCGUCGUGGCGGACGCCAACCAUGAGCCACGCGCCAUCCCCACCGUUGGCUGACUCUGCAGCCGGCACAACGCCACGAGUUGGGCUUGCCAAUGGCUGGUUUGAUGCCGACGAGCUCGACUCGCCUGGCCAGAUCGGUGUCUCGUUUCUGGCCUCACCGUCGCCGGGCACGCAAUCGCGGCCUUCGAUCUUGCCCAGCACUGCCAGUGGCAAGUUGGUCUUGGACUUGUCGGCAGUGAUUGGUCAACCGUCGCCACUGCCUCUCGAUAGCGACGACGGACUCACGUCAAUGACCGACUCGGCCGUGCGCUCGUCAGUAUCCGCAGCCACCUCAACCACAGUCUCAAGCUCGAGCUCGAGCUCGAGCUCGAGCUCAGACUUGGACUCAGUCUCAUACUCCGACUCGGGCGCUGCAACCGAGCUUGAUCUCGAGUCAUCGUCAUCGUCUUCAGAACUGCCUUGUACACCACUGCCCAGAUCGCACGCUUGCAGCUCGGCAGCAUCGGGCUCUGUUGCACGCGCGCUAGAGCGUCCCGCGCCCGGGAGCCACGAGACCGACCAUGGCGUGGCCCUGCUCGCAACGGUUGUGUCGGUGUAUGAGACCAGCUCGCGGGCAUCGCAGGCCGAAGCGACCGACUCGAUCACCUUUUCCUCGCAGGGCGUGUACGAGUGGUCGACAACGGCAGAGCGACACGUUGCGCGGCGGCGGUGGAACAUGGACGUGGCCCCGCUGAUCGGCCUUUACGCACCACAGGUGGUGGACGGCAUUACCACGUUCUUCUCCGCCCUCGGUGCGCAACAGGCUGUGCGGCGGCGCUACCUUCGGAUGCAGCGGUCAAUGACGGCAAUGCUUGGUCGGGGCACGGUCCUCGACCUUCCGACAGCUCAACGAACGCUGCAAGAGGCGCAGGUGCAGGCGGCAGCCGCUGCAGCGGUCAGCGAGCAGAUGGUGGCUGUCGUCGCAGGGCCGUCAAGCGCGGGCGCGUCGAGCGACAGUCUCCCCGCAUCGCGUGUCCGCCUCGACUCGGAGCCGUCGGCAGAGCCGAGUCCGUGGGCCGAAUUUCGUCGCAACAAGAUCCUACUCAAGGCUGUGGUCCGCGACCCGUCGCUGGUCCUGCAGGAGACGUCAGUGGGAAGCCAGACGUCGGUGCUCGAGCUUGCGACUCAGACGAUGUUUGUGUCGAACGAGAACAAUGCGUGCGCGUACGACCUCUCGGUCAACCAGACCGAUGCGUUUGUUGGAGCGGCGCUUGUUCGGCUUGUGACGGCAGAUCCAGCGACACUGCGCGUCUCGCAAAACGUGCUAGUCAUUCAGCCGUUCUCCACACGGGUCUCGUCUUCGUACAAGGCGCAGGGCCUGCUCGGCACACCAUUCAUGGCCAUCACCGCCGAGGCCGAGCCGAUUGUGGCGGAGAUUUCUGUCCGCAAGUCGCUGGUGUGCUGGCGGAUUGUGGACCGGUACGCAACCGAGCUCGGCGAAGCACGGACGCGGCCGGUGGCCGCCAGCACAGCGAUGGCGGACACCAGCAGAGAUCGCGACGAACUUUUUGUGCCCAAGGAGAUCAAGGUCGGAAUCAAGGCGCUGGACGUGAGCGUUGUCUCGGACUACGCCGACCAGGUUGUGCUCUUCUAUGUGUACGCCGACGAGGCGUCGGGUAUGGCGUCGAUUCCGCAGGAGGGCGAUGCCGAGUUUGAGGCUGUGGGCCAGCUCGAGGUCAUGGUCAACAACGUCAAUUUUACCAUUCCAGAGACAGUCAUCCAUCCGUUUGUGAUGGGGAUCAACGGUCGGGUUCUGCCGUGGACGGUGAACUCAAAGCGGUCGCGCUUCGAAGCUGAGCUUGUGGCACUGACAGCCGUCGAGGUGACCCUCACCAAGGAGAUUCUGCGGCAGAUGACCGAGUACGUGGCGCUGUUCUCGCGCGAAGAGGCAGCCAUGUCAAAUGACAUGCUCUCACACCUCGAGUACGUGCUGAUCAAUGAGACUGAGACAGCUGUCACGUUUGGCCAGACGCGGUCCAAGCAGACAGUCCGAGUCGGGCCGUCGAGCUCGACGGUCUUUGCUUUCGCCAACCCGUACUUGCCCAAGGCACUGGACCUCGAGUGGGAGACCGGCUGGCAGACGGCGCAUCCGCUGGCACUGGCGUCGGCCGGCUCAUCGACGGUGAUUCUUCACAAGGGCAUCAACACGGCAUCGGCGGCACGGUUGGGCUUUGCAGAUCCGCUAGUCUCGUCGUUUUCACCGCUUUCGUCGGUGGCGGCAUCGUCGUCUUCGCUCUCGUUGACCUCGUCGGCGGCGCAGCUGGCGACAUGGCAAGAGGUCCCGCUCACGCGCGGAGUCAUAGCCUCUGUCGAAGCGCGGGGACUGAAGAAGAUUGUCCGGCUGACAUGCGCGCAUGCACUGGUCAACGACACGCCAUUCCGGGUCACCAUCCGGUGCGUGGGAGGGCCUGAAGCUGGGCGAGCGCGGCACGUGGAAGCAGGAGCGUCAGUAGCGAUGUGCCACGACGAGAACUGGACCCAGGCCUCGUGGCAGGUCCAGCUCCACGGCGCAGACGCAUGGUCGGCGCCAUUUGCGUUUGGCAGGCCGGGCUCGGUAACGCCGCUGCGGCUGCCACGAGAAGCCGGCCCAUCGGGAAGCCAGCAGGAUCUCUCGGUCCUUGUGGUCUUUGGCUUUGGCUCCGGCGGCUCACAGCAAACGGCGUCGCUGGUUCCGCCGCUAGUUAUCGCCAAUCGGUCGCCGUUCCCACUCGAGUUUACCGUGGGUACAGAGCUGAUUGGCUCUGAUGAGCUUCCACCUUACGAAACACGGCCCAUGUUUGUCGAAGCUACCGGAAGCCUUGCGUUCCGGCUGCUGCCGGGCUACGACGUGUGGUCGGAUGGGGUGGCGCUCGAGGUCCCACGAGCGCUUCUUGUGGGCGUUCGGUCGUCGACCCGCGACGUGACGGCGCAGCCCGAGCUCGAGCUGAGUGUUCGGGUCAACCAGCGGUACGCGCGCGGUUGUGGGGCGCGGUCGGUCUUUGUGUUGGUUCCGUAUGUGCUGGUCAACCAUACCGAGGUGAGCCUUGAUGUGAAGCAGCACGGGAGCGAUGCAGUGCUGGCACUCGAGCCUGGGAGCAAGAUCCCAUUUUCGUGGCGUGGAGAGCCGGCGGAAAAGUCGCUGCUGGUCCGCGAGGCCGGCGUGCCCGAGUGGCAUGCUGUGGGUGCGCUGACCUCCGAGUCGACCCGCAUCCUGAACCUCUCCACACAAUGCUCUGUGGUUGAAGAGGUGCGAGUGCUGGACGGCUCGGCGCGGGCAGUGGCCUGGAAGCCAAGGCUGAGAAUCAUCAACAACCUCGACCGGGUAGUGCGGCUAGACACGGUGCCGCUUGCAGAGGCCAGAGGCUCGCGAGUGACAGUGGGCGCCGGUGAGACGCGUGAUGUGGCCAAGUGGACGAUGCGGGUCAUGGUCGGACUCGGUGAGCCCGGCGAUCGACUGCAUGCGUUGGACCACUGCCUGCAGCGGCCGAUCGAGGUGCUCGAUAGCGGUGACGUUUGGGGCUCGGUCCGGAUCGGACUCGAUGAGGCCGAGUCCAAGGCAUCGACGGUCCGGCUAGCGUCCUUGGGCGGCAACGGCCGAUUCGAGUACCAUACCUUUGAAGUGGUUGUCACUAACAUCGGCUUUGUCUCACAUGUGGCGCUCAACCCAGCGCGCGAGGCCGCGGAGCAGGUGAUCAUCAACCGGAGCAAGGAGACGCUCGUGGUGCGGCGGCACGCGCACACGCUCCCACUGGGACCUCGGUCGCCGACAGCUGGCCUCUCACAGGAGCCCGAGGAGCUGGUGGUUCUUGUUCCCGGUGAGAUGAAGCCGCUGCAUUGGCCGAGCUCGGUCUCGCACCGGCGGAUCCAAGUGGCGCGGCUGGGCGAGGGGCGAGUGACGUCGGUGCCAUGGGAUCCAGUCAGCGAGUUUCGGAUUGCUGAUCCGCCGACCGGACGGCUGGGCGUGGUAGAUGGCCAAAUUGUGCGGCUUCUCCUCCCGCUUGACUGGUCGCAUCCGUUCGCAGUCCAGGCGCUUGGCGAUGGCGAGGUCAACCUCGAAGGUAGCGGAGAGUGGACGUCGUUGGCAUCCGAGGCUAGAGGCUACGGCUCAAUCCCGGGCACAAGCAGCAGCAACGCGGCGCGGGGCGUCGUGACGCGGACGCGGUCGCGGCGAUCUGUCCGAAUGAGUCUCAACGCGAGCGAUCUCGCGGCGCUGCACGGCGUGGGCGUGGACGCACUCGACGUGGAUGCGCUGCUUUUUGGCGGGGAGGGUGAGGCAAGCGGCGAGGCAAGCGACGGCGACGACAGCGAGCCCGAAGGAGAGGCAGGCGCCAACACCGGUGGGCUGCAGCGACUGAGGUACGUGGUACGGAUGCGCGGUGUGACCAAGGCCGUGGUCCUGGAGGGAAGCGGCGGCGGCGGCUCUCGUGGCGGCGGCGGUGGUGGCGACGACGACGACCCAGGCUCUGCGCGACUCCGCAUCCGUGUGCCUGCUGCUGGAGUCACGCUUGCAGACGAGGCGAGCGGCGGCGAGCUCGUGCACAUGUCGCUGGAGGAGGUGCGGUGCGAGGUGCACAUGACUGGCGGCAAAGAACACGCGCACUUGACGGUCGGAAACGUGCAGGUGGACAACAUGAUGCCGCUGGCCGAGUACGACGUGGUGCUUGCGCUGGCGGACUCGCACGCAGGCAUCGGGUCGCAGGACGCGUCGAUGGUGGAGGCGCUGUUCGAGUGGUCGAUUGACGACGGGUUCCGGUCAAUCGAGUACUGCGGUCUUCGCCUCCUCCCACUCGUGGCCAAGAUCGACGGCGGACUGGUCUCCAAGCUCGUGGAGAUGCGGGCGUUCUUUGGCGGCGAAGACAAAGCGCGGAAGACACUCGGGGCGAAGGAUCCGAGCGUGCGGCGAGCACGGUACGUGGUGGACGAGAACCCGCUGCCUGUGGGUCUCCAGCGGAGUGAGACUGAUGAGAUGUACAUCGACGCGCUGGUUAUUUUCCCAAUCUCAAUCAUGGUGUGUGUGGGAGACAACGACAUGGACUGGCCGAUCAUUCGGGAUGGCGCGCCACUGGAGCUUGCGCAUUGUCAGCAGAUGCAGUGGUUUGUCUCAAGAGCAGAGCUUGUGCCUGCGCUCCGCAAGAUGUACUUUGACAACACGCUGGGUCUGGCGGACAUGGGGGUGUUUGUGGGUUCGCUCGACGUCAUCGGCAACCCGCUGGGUGCGCUGGCGCGGAUUCGUGAGGGGUGCACCGACUUUGUGCGGCUGCCGUUUAAUGCGCUAGUGAUGGACGACACGCCUGGGGCGUUUUUCUUCGGCCUUGCGCGCGGGACAUACUCGCUGGUCAAGAACGUGAGCGACGCGGCGCUGAUGUCGCUGUACAAAAUCACGUCGACGGUGGCCCGAAGCGCAGCACGGCUGACGUUUGAUGACCGAUACAUUGCGGUGAAGCGACGGGCGGCGCGGCGGCAUCCACGCAACGUGGUUGUCGGCUUUGGGCUCGGUUCACUCGAGUUUGGGCGCGGGCUGUGGUCUGGGUGCUCGGGACUGGUGCUUCAGCCGUGGUACGGCGCGCAGCGACGCGGGUGGCUGCUGGGCGGAAUGCUCGGCACUGGCAAGGGCCUUGUGGGGCUCCCGCUCAAGUCGAUCGACGGCACGUUUGACUUGCUCAGCAAGGUCUUUGAAGGCCUCAAGAACUCGACCGGGACCGGACAGUACGUGGUGCAGAAGCGAGUCCACGUCUCGCCGGCCCGGACAGAGGCGCUUCUCAAGGCCGGGCUCUCGGGCUGGUGCGUUGACCACGGAUGCGAGUAUGUGACGCACUUUGUGGCUAAGAUGGAGGCCGGGCCGCACGCCGGCGAGCGGCGGAUGAUUGACCACGUGCUUGUAGUGUCGAUGGACGGCAUCCUAGUCUUUGCCCUCGCAGACGUCCUGCACGACUGCGUGCUGGCGGCGUCUGCGCGCAAGUCGAUGCGGUCCUGGGGCCACCGGGCGCGGGCGGCGCUGAUGCAGGCGCCAGAGCCUGAGGUGCUUGCGACACGGGCAGAUGCAACAGGCCAAAUGCCGGCGCGGCGGGCCGCCGAAGUCUCGCUCAACAUGCUCCGCGGUCUAGUGACGUCUGCGCAGCCACUGAACAUCGGGUUUGGUGACGUGUCAGAGAUUGUAGUGCCGGACGCGCCGGCCGCAAGGUUCGUGAUUGCACUUCGGCGAAUGAUCGGUGGCCGCGACAGGCUGGUGUGCGUUGUCGGUGAUCGCGAGGAUAAGCUUGCAGAGAUCGGCGCAGUGUACCGUGCGUCAACGGGCGAGUUUCUUCAAGUUGUCCGCCCGCGAGACAGCGCCCAGCGGUAGCAGCGGCAAAGCAACCGCACGCACGCUCGCCCCGCCUAUCUACAUAAACCCGAUGAAGUACAGCAAA